AUGUUGCUCGACGAGGAUCCUGGUACUCUCAUCCACCACACGGUCGGCAACUUCAAUAUCCACCCGGACAAACAAGCUGUCACGCGCAUCAAUGACUCGCUAGCCACACUCCAGCAGUCGCGCGACCUGCGCAUUCGAGAGGCCGAAUCCUCACUGCGCAAACUUGGUCGCCAGCUCAACUCUGUGAACGCCCAACACGAAGAGGCCGUGGCAGUGCACGACUCCAGCAAACAUGCCGAAGAAAUCGUGCAGCUGGACACCAAGAAAUUCCGAAUCGCCAAGGCAGCCACCGAACUCGAGGUCGAAAGCGAGCGCCUAGAAAGUGAGCUGGAGAUGCUCAAGGAGAAGCUGGCAGAUCUGGAAUCACAGGGUCUCGAGGGUGAUGAGACCACGCGGCGUGAGCGCGAGGCGGAUGACGCGACAAUACUGCGACUUAAGAUCUUCCGUUCUUUGGGCGUCGAUAUUGAGCCUGAUGAGGCCGGAAACUUCAACCGGGCGGUUAUUCGCAAUAGUCGCAAGGGUGAUGUGCAUGUCGUCAACAUCGAUCCCAAGUUCUCCCGCUUUUUCUACGCCAACUACUUUUGGUCCACGAUGCAGGGUUGA